UUAUACCAGGGCAUUUUGGGGUAUCUACAUGUCCACCAGUGUUCUACCAGGGCUCUGUCACUCUUUAGCUUUUCCAUAUUGAGUGACUGUUAUACUGACUGAGGCUUUGACCUGCUUCACAAAACAGCUGCUGAACAAUGGGGCAGCAGCAUGAGGGGAGGAGGGCACAAACACUGCUCCAAAUAGGGCAAAGGCCAGCUGUGGUUGGUCCAGAUGUGACUGUUGACCGGACUCCCCAUUAACGGCAUGAUCCCGCUCCGAGAGGCAGCGUUUGUUCGAUUCUAAAAAUGCGUCGCGUAUACCUGCCACCGAAACAGCGACAGCCCAAAAAGAGCCGCAGGCGUUACAAUGCUAAUGUUGUCGGGGGCUUUGACUUCUCCCAGCCACUGCAAAGAAGCCGCUCUGCGUGACAGGCACGGCGCCGCCGCUCUCCCUCCCGGUCUGUCGCUUUUCACGCCUUUUUCCGCACAUUUUAGCAGGUGCGUUGCAAGAGAAAAGAAGAGAGAAGAAAGAGAAGCCGAUCUCCCGAACGUUUACGUUAGUAGUGCAAGUAAUGGACGAAAUGGAUAUCAUGGACCUAACGCAUCAGAAGGCGAAGAAGCGACCGCGUCCAAUCAGUUCCGUGGAUGAGACGGUGCACGCUUCGCUCAAGCGGCUGCCGAUGCGAGCGGCGGAGUGCAGGGAGCCCUCCCUGAUGUUCGCUGUCAGAGGAGAGCCUGUCCCUGCAGCGUCUCUCAAGCAGAAUGACCACUCGGUGACUUCCUCUCCAACCACAGUGAUGCCCGCACAGGAUAAUCGCUCCAGCAUGUCCAGACCCAUGAUCACCAGGUCACCAGUGUCUCCCUUGAGUAACCAGGGGAUCCCCACACCUGCACAACUCACCAAGUCCAACGCCCCUGUGCACAUUGACGUAGGCGGCCACAUGUACACCAGCAGUCUGGCCACCCUAACCAAAUUUCCUGAAUCCCGAAUCGGUCGUCUCUUUGAUGGCACAGAGCCCAUAGUCCUGGACAGCCUGAAGCAGCACUACUUCAUUGAUAGGGAUGGACACAUGUUCCGCUACAUUCUCAACUUCCUCAGGACGUCCAAGCUCCUCAUUCCAGACGACUUCAAAGACUACAGCCUGCUGUACGAGGAGGCCCGAUACUUCCAGCUGCAGCCCAUGCUCGCUGAGUUAGAGCGUUGGCGCCAGGACCAGGAGCUGGGUCGGGUCUCCCGACCCUGUGAGUGCCUAGUUGUUCGCGUUGCACCCGACCUGGGCGAGAGAAUCACCCUCAGUGGCGACAAGGCCCUGAUUGAGGAUGUUUUCCCUGAAAUUGGUGAUGUCAUGUGCAACUCUGUCAACGCUGGAUGGAACCAUGACUCUACGCAUGUCAUACGCUUCCCGUUGAAUGGCUACUGUCACCUCAACUCUGUCCAGGUUCUGGAGCGUCUCCAACAGCGUGGCUUUGAGAUUGCUGGCUCCUGCGGCGGAGGAGUGGACUCAUCCCAAUUCAGUGAGUAUGUCCUGAGGAGGGAACUGCGGAGGACAAGUCACCGAGGACCCAAUUCAAACAGGAUAAAGCAAGAGCAGCUGGACUAGAAACCUCCAGGACAGCAGGAGGUGCUAGACUUUUCUGGAGCAGCCAAACAAUUGGUGCUGCAGAGCUUUCUGAACUCUGUUUUCUUCAUUUCCUUGUUGAUGUUUCUGUUUUCUUACAGUUGAGAACCACAUAGAGAAUAAAAAUGAAGUGCAACAGGAGAUUUUUGACAUACGAAGAUACGAGGCAUUUGACAAGUUUGAGAUUGCAAAGACAUUUGUGAUUGUCUAGUUCCCCAUCCACCAGUUUAAAAAAGUAUUUAUAUAUAUGCUGGAUCCCGAAACAAAGUUUGUUUUAAAACUUGGAGCCUACAUUAGGUCAGAGAAUUUGAUUUCUAACUUACUCAUAUAAAUUAAAAAUCUUUUAUUGCUGAAGUAGUGUUACACGUUACUUGUCGUCAGUAACUGUUUUCGUUGUCUCACUAGCAUAUUGAAUACAUAUUUUUCUCUCCCUCCAAAAAAGAAGAAAUUUGUUUCUUAGCAGAAUGUCUCAAAUUUUAUCAUCAUCUAGGUUCAUAAAACAUCUUUUUCACAACUGAUAUGUACAGAAAAUUCAAUGAAGUUGUGUCAUCGAAAUUAGCCAUCAAGGACGUUACAAACGCGUUGGAAAAUAAAUAUUUUUGUAAAUUACUGUUGCACCAUUUGCCUCGCAGGGUAGUAUAAAUUUAAUGUGAUACCUUAGGAUUUGCUUUAUUGGAAUCUAAUUUUUCUCAGAGUCACGACAUGUACAUUUCAAUCGUAUGUCUUUGUGUUUUUUACAUUGAAUCUUUUUAAAGCAAGUUUCUUGCCUCAGACAUGACUGAACAGAUUAAAAGCUUAUUGUACUAUCCAAACUGAGACUUGUAUUUGUAGCACAUAAUAAUAUGAAGUUGGAUAUAAAGUAUUUCUAAGAUUACUGAAACAUCUACGCUCCUUAGAUUUAAAAGGAAUGUAGCAAAAAAAAAUGUGAAAUAAAUCUCAGCUAAAGUUGCAA